CUCGGAAACAAAGCGACGUACACAUCGUAGGGUCCACACGUGGGUACGGAAGUUUGUGAGGGUAAUGUGGUCUUGUCAACUUAUCUAGAAAACAUGUCGCGGAGGCAGAAAGUUGUUCCAGAGGAAAAGACCGGAUCUGAACUGGUACACAUGGAGGUGGAGGAGGAGGAGGAAGAGCUCCACGACCCGCCGCCGGAGACCAGGCGGACCCGCAGCGGCCGCAGAGUGCGCACUCCUGCCGCACUGCUGGACUCCGAGGAGCCGGUGAGGACUCCCAGCCGGAGGAGCAGGAGGACGGCGCUCCAGGAGCCGCCGGCGGUGGAGGAGAAGAGCACGGCGGAGCCGGAGCAGAACCUCGCCAGUGUGCCCGAGCAAGAGUCCAGCAUGUCUGCGGAACCGGAGCCCCGCGCCGCGCCCGAGCCGGCCGACGGGGCCGACGCUCACCUGCCCAGGCCCGCGCCUGCAGAGACGGCCCCCGCGGCUCCAGACACCGGCCCCCACAAGAAGCCUCGUCUCGCUCCGAGCGUGAAACAGAAUCCCGUCAUUCCGCUGGGAAAACCAAAGUCUGGAAGAGUGUGGAAGGACCGCAGCAAGCAGAGGUUCUCUGCGUUGGUCAGAGAUAAGCCACUGUGCACCUCCUGGGGAAAGAAGAUGGAGGCCAAGCGAGAGAAGGAGCUGGUGAAACAGUUCACUUUGCAGCUCAAAGAGGACAAAGCCAAACAGAGAGAGGACAAGAGGAAACGGAGAGAGGACAAUUUAAAACGACGUGCGGAGAACGAACGCAAAGCGGAGGUCGUGCAAGUGAUCCGGAACACGUCAAAGAUCAAGAGGAUGAAGAAGAAACAGCUCAGGAAAAUAGAGAAGAGAGACACACUGGCUCUGCUUCAGAAGUCACAGAAGCAGAACUCAAAAGCCAAAGGGCCAAAAAAACCCACCGACAAAGAUUUGACCUGAAGACUGACAAAAAUAAAGAUGCAUCUGUUCACUA